AUGGCCGCAGGCCGUGUCGCUGCUCAACGAGAUGCCGGGGGCGAAGUUGGAGCCCGACGUCAUCAGCUACAACUCGGGGAUCAGCGCGUGCGUGCAGGGCGAGCAGUGGCAGCGCGCUGUGGCGCUGUUAAACACGAUGUUGGAGGCGGAGCUGGAACCAACCGUCAUCAGCUACAACGCCGGGAUAAGCGCAUGCGGGAAGGGCGAGCAGUGGCAGCGAGCUCUGGCGCUGCUCAGCGAGAUGCGGGAGGCGAAGCUGGAGCCAACCUCAGCUACAACGCUGGGAUCAGCGCGUGCGAGAAGGGCGAGCGGUGGCAACGGUCUAUGGCUCUGCUCAGCGAGAUGCGGGAGGCGAGGUUGGAGCCAACCGUCAUCAGCUACAGCGCCGGGAUAAGCGCAUGCCGGAAGGACGACCAGUGGCGGCGGGCUCUGGCACUGUUCAGUGAGAUGCUGGAGGCGAGGCUAGAGCCAACGGUCAUCAGCUACAAUGCCGGAAUAAGCGCAUGCGAGAAGGGCGAUCAGUGGCAGCUGGCUCUUACGCUGCUGAGCGGGAUGCGGGAGGCGAUGCUGGAGCACUGCGUCAUCAGCUACAACGCUGGGAUCAGCGCGUGCGGGAAGGGCAGGGAGUGGCAACGGGCUUUGGUGCUGCUCAGCGAGAUGCGGGUUACGAAGUUGAAGCCCGACGUCAUCUUCAGCUACAACGCUGGAGUCAGCGCGUGCGAGAAGGGCGAGCAGUGGCAGCAGGCCCUGUCGCUGCUCAGCGAGAUGUGGGAGGCGAGAGUGGAGUCCAACGUCGUCAGCUACAACGCUGGAGUCAGCGCGCUUGCCAAAGUUGAGCAGUGGCAGCAGGCCCUGUCGCUGCUCCGUGGCAUGCGGGAGGCGAGGUUGGAGCCCGACGUCAUCAGCUACAGCGCUGGGAUCGGCGCGUGCGAGAAAGGCGAGCAGUGGCAGCUGGCCCUGUUGCUGCUCAGCGAGAUGCCGAUGGCGAAAGUAGAGCCCGACGCUUGCAGCUACAACGCUGCGAUCAGCGCUUGUGAGAAGGGCGACCAGUGGCAGCGGGCUUUGUCAUUGAUCUGUGAGAUGGUGAAGACGAAGAUUGAGCCCGACGUCAUCAGCUACAACUCGGGGAUCAGCGCGUGCGAGAAGGGCGAGCAGUGGCAGCGCGCCCUGGCGCUGCUCAGCGAGAUGCGGGAGGCGAAGCUGGAGCCGACCGUCACCUUCAGCUACAGCGCUGGGAUCAGCGCGUGCGAGAAAGGAGAGCAGUGGCAGCGGGCGCUGGCGCUACUCAGAGAGAUGCGGAAAGCGAAGCUGGAACCCAACGCUUCCUCAGCUACAACGCCAGCAUCAGCGCUUGCGAGAAGGUCGAGCAGUGGCAGCGUGCUUUAG